AUGAACUUCAGUUACCCUCCCAUAUUUCUAGAAAAUCUGGAAGAUGUCUGCAGUCGAGUAGCUGAACAACAAAUUUCUGAUGAAGAGCGAGAAACCAACAGGCACAUUCCUCCUCCUGGCCGUGAAAGACGUAGAGAUUUCGGCGUCCCUAUGUCCAUGGCCUCUCUAACGGCCCCACAUACGCUCCCAAGACUUCUGAAAAGGGAGACAUAUAAACGGAGAUUUCACAGCAUUACUUUCAACGGUGCCUUCAUUUCAUUCAUCCGCUGCUUUCAGAAGCACCGUCUCCUAUCCAUCCUUUCAUCCAUCCAUCCAUGUAGAAUGGACUUGUGGGAAAUCAUUCUCUUCUUCUGGGCUCCUAUUUCUCGGCACAUCGGUUAUUUCAAAGACCUCAACAUCAAUGUAGAGACUCUGAAAAGGAAAACGAAAAAGCUAAAACGCAAGCAUGAUGAAAUUCAAGCAGAAGUCGACAAUGCUAUACCAGUCGGAAAGAGACAGAAAGCCCUUGUGGAGAAUUGGCUCACGGAAAUCAGAUAUACAGAAAACCAAGUUGAUUCAAUAAGAUUGGAGCUGGCAUUACGGAGAAUAUGCACUGAUCACUCGUCUCGUUAUACAUUGGGAAAAAGGGUCGUUGAAAAGCUCGAAGACAUCAAAAAGCUCAACAAAAAACUCAAAGUAAAAGGGAUCUUCGAUAAGGUGGCUGAGAGCAGUCGACAUCCAAGGGUGUUGGAAAAGCAAACAUCACUACCACGAGGACAACAAAGCACGUCUGACCGAACCUUGGAGGAGAUAUGGCAAUGCUUACACGAGGAAGAGAAUGGAAUCAUAGGUAUUUGUGGGAUGGGUGGAAUAGGAAAAACCACUCUCAUGAAAGAAAUAAACAAUAGGUGCACCAAAACCCGUGACUUCGAUGUCGUGAUUUGGAUAACUGUGUCCAAGGAUCUUAACUUGGGAUUAAUCCAAGAGGAGAUUGGAAACAGAUUGGGUAUGAUAUUCGACGGAAACGAAGAUAAAGGAGACAAGCUGUUUACUCGGUUGAAGAAUCUUAGGUAUCUGAUCAUCUUAGAUGAUCUAUGGGAAUCAUUUAGCUUGGUUCAAGUUGGAAUUCCCAAGCCAGACAAGCAAAACAGAUGCAAGAUCGCAAUAACAUCCCGAUCCGUCACAGCGUGUAAUGCAAUGGGGGCUGAUAUGUCUAUUAAAGUCAGAGCUCUUACUACUGAGGAAGCGUGGAAUUUGUUCUGUGAAAGAUGUGGGAAUGUGGUUCUGUUAUCAGAGAUUCAACCAGUAGCAGAGAAGGUUGCAGCUGAGUGCAGCGGAUUACCACUUGCAAUAAAGACAGUGGGAGGGGCCAUGCGUGGCAAGGAUAAGAAAGAGGUAUGGAGGAAUGCAUUGAGGGCAUUGGAAGGAGCAUCACCUGAGGUUCCAGGAAACAUUUUUCUGAAUAACACUAUGAGAACAUCAUUAAUAUUUUACUUUGGAAGAGAUCCAUGUACGUUCGUGUGGUAUGUUGAAAAGCUCCCUCUCUUCAGCUCUAGCAUCCAUGAAAUAAAAGGAGAAAUAGAAGGCAAUCGAGAAUGGUGGGAAGGAUUAGAGUAGGAAGACGAGAAGGCCAAGUCCCCCUACACCAGAAUUUACAAGGGUCGCUGAUUUGCAAAUGAAGAAGCUUCCUCUCUCCUUAAUGUAGAAAAACGAGAGAUUUGCUGGAUAAUACCGCGACGAGAACAUGAAGCUCCAAAGUCUCCCGAGAUAUUCCCAUAUUGAGAAAUUGGUCUGUUAUUACUGUAUGAAUUAUUGCCUUUACAAGCAAUGGUGGACGUGGAUUGCGUGGUGUCACAAUCUCAGUCGUUUUGAUGACA